AUCAUGAAUAAAUAAGACUGUAAAAAAAAUGGUAGGUGUGAUAGUCACUGUUGGGAUAACUAACACCAAAUCCAGUUAGACGUGAAUAUCUAAUUGCAGCAAUGUCCUAGUAGUCCAAUAGCAUGAAAUCCGUAUUUUUGAGUUAGAAACUCAAAAACAGAGCAAAGAUGAUUAAACACAGGAUAAAUGUAGGUAAGGACUAAGUACAGCAAUUGAAGUGAAUACAGUGGGGGGGAAACGUGCAUUCUAGAGUGAGGGAAAGUAGCUCGCCCUCUACUCAAGUAACCAGUAGUUAGUGAGUCUAUUAGCCCAAUAGUUCAGCUUUGUUGGCGAUUCAGGUAGGUGGGAGAAAAGAGAUAAGAGGAAAAAAAUAGGUAAAACAAAAACACUUAAAUUUUGCUAUACUUCAUCCAGAAUUUAAUAUUAGCAAAAUGUGUGCCCUAUUUUGCAUCUCUAUUUUAAAUCACCAGCGAUCAGGCUUAUUGUAAAAUGUACUCCCUUCUUACAAAUUAUCCCUGGACAUAUGUUCAACACCCAAUAACCCACCUAUUUGAUCAAUAUACAAAUAGACAUUAUCCCAUAAAUUAACCCAAUCAUCCUUGUCAGCCAAGGAUUGACUAAAUAAAUGGUCUUUAUACUAAAGGUAAACAGACUCUGGAUCUGUCAGUUCUGCAGAAGAAAUGACUACCAGAAUUUAGCUGCCCCACCUGCUCAAUGACAACUUCUUCCUCCAUCCUCAAUAUGUUUAAGCUUAGGGACUGUUAGCAGGAGUGUGCUGCUGCAACUGUGGAAAUCCACAGGGAUAAAGAGAGAGACAUUUACCUGAACCUCUUGAAGCUGCAAACUUCAGGCUUUAUGGAGAGAUUACACGCAGGCUGCUCCCAGAUGGAAACUAGAAAUAAAGUACUUACCUGAAGAUCUCAAAGCUCCAGUUUGAGUUUGCUUUAUACAAGCUGAAGGGUUGGGUGGGAGAGGAUUUGAUUUUGUUCAAUCAGUUGGUCCAUCAUCAGUUUUGUGUAUGUUAAAUAUCCUUCUUUUUCAUAGCCCUGAUAAUACCGUAUGAAGCAAUUGCAACCUCAAAAGUAUUUCCAUACUCUUUCUGUAGUCAGAAGGGCUGAAAUCCUGUCCCCAUUGAAGUCAAUGAAAGUUUUGGCAUUGACUUUAAUGAAGCUGGAAUUUUAGCCAAGAAGAGCAACUGACUCUACUUUAGGUCUAACUUUAGAUGUGACAAUGGUUUUAUUUUGUCAUAUUUUUCAAACCACAAAAAUUAAAAAAGGCAGCCAUGUAGGAAACAGGAAGGGGUGAAAUUAAGCAGAGUAUAGAUGUAUUAUCUAUUUCUUAACUUGGCAGUGGAAGGACAGAUAGAACAUGACAGGAAUCUAAUUUGGACAUAAGAUUAAAAAUAAUAAAUUCUAAUUGACUUUAAUAAGUUUCUAUGAGAGAAGUGACUGUUUCUUUAAAUAUAAUUUGUACUAGAAAGAACAAAGAUAGUGAACUUGCAAAAUUAUCUAUAGAUAUGUCUUUACUCAAACAAAACUCUCACCCAGGAUUGGGCCAGAUGUGGGGACUAUAUGUUGUAGAGUCUUAAAAAUACUGUACAUUGAUCUAUGUCCAAAUUCUGCCACUCUUACUCUUGAGUAAUUGAAAUUAAUGAGUCUCAUAGAGUAGCUUAUUAAACAAAGUGAGUAAAGGUUGAAGAAUCUGACUUCUAUUUUUCUUUAAUAAUUGUACAUUUUAAAAAAUCCAUAAUUUGGGGGGGGGGAGACAGGAAUAGUAAAUUUAAUCUUCUAUGCAAGUAUAUUAAUGUGGUACAAAUUAUUCCCUAAGGUGUUGUUAUUUACAAUUUUUGUAAGAUGAACCAGGCAAUUAAUUACAAUAUGGUUCCAUGGCUGUCACAUGCCAGGCCUAAGACAUACAUGAUCCCAGGUUUGGCAGUUUUAGUUGAAAUGAGAUAUUUUUUAAAAAGUCACUCAAUUGAAGUCUUGCUGUGGCAAAGGUAUUUCAUUCAUGUCAGCAGGCCUAUUGCUUUGUUAAAGUAAAGACUUUUGUGCAAAUGUAAGUUAAUGUCUGUGGAACAGUUCUCUAUUAUUCACCAUGUGUAACAAAUAUUUAUUGUAUAUUUAUAUAAUGUUAUGUUUUUUGGGAAACCUUGAAGUUGGCAUUAAAAUUAAAAGUAUCUGCAGCAUACUGUAAAUAUAAUUAAGCUA